UAUUUCUAACAUGUUCUCUCUCUCUCAGGUGGAAAAGACGGUUUGGUGGGAUUUCCAGAUUUCAUCUAUAAGCAUAUCGUCCCAGCAUGCUUCAUGGCCCCCCUGAAACCAACCUUUGACCUUUCAGAUGCCCAGACUGUUCUGACGCUGUCCGAGUGCACGCUGACUCUGCACAUGAUUCAUCUCAAGAGAGGGCCGGAGUGUAUUCAGUUUCUUCAGGAGUAUCUGCCGUCGCUGCAGGUCUCGGCUGAAAUCACGCAGGAGCUGUGUCAAGUGCUCCAGCAGCCGGAUGUUAAGGUUCUGAAAAACUACAUGAAGGUUUUCUUCCAGCAGGCCAGACUUUAAAACUGAAAUUGUCAGGCGGAGCGUUUGGGAGCUCAGCAGUCAACGACCACCAUAACGACAGAGUUUAGCGUAGGAGCUACUUUUGCACUUAAAGAAGCAUAACCACACCCUUCCUGUCUGCGGGACACGGACCCCCGACGGGAGUCACACGGGGAUUGGCUGUCACGUGACGUGACCACGCCCCCACACCGACCUUGGCCCAAUCAGAGUUGUGCUCUCCAUGAGGUUUAGCCGCCCGGGCCGGAGGCGACGUCUGCGAUUGGAUGAGACGCCAUACUGUAGGAGGGGUUUGUGAAAGGUGGGCGGGGCUUCAGUCCUGGACACAAUUUCAAGGGAAAACGGCAUUUCCGUUUGAAAUACAACAGUUUUGGUAAAUGUUUGGAAAUAUGACUUAACUGUUACCGGAAUUCUAAUUAAUUAUUUU